GGCUUUUUCACAAUCUAAAAGCUAUUUUUAGUGUUUCUCUCUCAUCUUUCAAGAUUUCUUUCAUAAAAUAUAAUUAGAGUUUAAUUAAGUAAUAAACAGUAAUGGCAAUUGCUUUUGGAAGAUUUGAUGAUUCAUUCAGUUGGGCUUCAAUUAAGGCUUACAUUGCUGAAUUCAUCUCUACUUUGCUUUUUGUCUUUGCUGGAGUUGGAUCUUGCAUUGCUUACAACAAGUUGACAGCAGAUGCAGCCCUAAGCCCAGGAGGGUUAAUAGCAGUAGCAGUAUGCCAUGGAUUUGCCCUAUUUGUAGCAGUGGCAGUUGGUGCUAACAUCUCCGGCGGUCACGUCAACCCAGCUGUCACCUUCGGAUUGGCUGUUGGUGGACAGAUCACCAUUCUUACUGGUAUUUUCUACUGGGUCGCCCAGCUUGCUGGUUCUGUUGUUGGUUGUUUCCUCCUUAAGGCUGCCACUGGUGGUUUGACAACUCCAAUACACAGCGUCGCAGUAGGGUUAGGAGCAGUAGAAGCAGUAGUAAUGGAAAUAGUUGUAACCUUUGCUUUGGUAUACACCGUCUAUGCAACUGCAGUUGAUCCUAAGAAGGGCUCUGUUGGAAUUGUUGCCCCAAUUGCUAUUGGAUUCAUUGUUGGAGCCAAUAUUCUUGCUGCCGGCCCAUUCUCUGGUGGGUCCAUGAACCCAGCCCGAUCUUUCGGCCCUGCUGUUGCCUCUGGUGAUUUCCAGGACCACUGGGUCUACUGGGUUGGGCCCCUUGUUGGUGGUGGUCUUGCUGGGCUUAUCUAUGGCAAUGUCUUUAUGCAACAAGACCAUGCCCCUCUUUCUAGUGAAUACUAAAUUUGAAUUUAUUUUUCCUCGUUAUCAUUUUUUAUUUAUUUAUGUGUUUUGUUUUCCUUGAAUUAAUUAAAAAUUGUAUUUGUAUCUUUAUUUUAAUUUCUGGUUGGUUUUUGUAAAGUCAUGUUCUAUCCGAUGCAUGAUUUGUUGAAUUCAUCGGCAAUAAAUCCUUUUUUAUUUUA